AUGGGCAAGUUCAUGAAACCCGGGAAAGUGGUGCUCAUCCUGGCUGGACACUACUCCAGAAGCAAAGCCAUCAUCGUGAAGAACAUUGAUGAUGGCACCUCAGACCGCCCUUAUAGCCAUGCCCUGGUGGUUGGAAUUGACUGCUAUCCUCAAAACGUGAUGGCUGCCAUGGGCAAGAAGAAAGUUGCCAAGAGAUCCAAGAUCAAGACCUUUGUGAAGGUUUAUAACUCCAACCACCUGAUGUUCACAAGGUACUCUGUGGACAUCCCCCUGGACAAAACUGUUGUCAAAUACAAAGCAGGGCGGGAAGCCAAGGUCAAAUUUGAGGAACGAUACAAGACAGGGAAGAUCAAAUGGUUUUUCCAGAAGCUUUGCUUUUAG